UUUUUCUUCCUAACAAACUCGGUGACAAUAACGACAACAAAGGGAGACGAAGGCCGGUUUUCGACUGAACUUCAUCAUCGUCUCGCAUUAUUAUCCACUUUCUGCUGUAGGCUCUAAAUCAUGUACCACCAGAGCUGCCCCGACCGGACGUCUCUCCCGUGGCAGAGCUGCCUGACCUCGGUGUCUGACCGGCUCGUGGCACUGCUGGCUUCGGGGAUGCGGUCUGAUGUCACACUCCACCUUGAGGGCCGCACGCUCAAGGCGCACCGCCUGAUCCUUGCCAUGAACUCCCCAGUGUUGGACAAGUUGUUGUAUAGCAACGAAGACCGGAAGCCGAGCAUCCUCCCCAUCGAGUUCCCGCUGCACGACGAUCCGCCGGAGGCCUUCGCAUGGCUGCUGGAGUACAUGUACCGCGGCGAGCCCGACCUCCCGAGCGUGCCCAUGGCGCUGGAAGUCAGCGUUCUCGCCACUAAGUACCAGAUGGGGGCACUGAAGGCUGCCUGCUCCGAAUACCUCAAGCAGCACCUGAAUGAUGUUAACGUCUUAAAAGUCUAUGAUGCCGCCGUUCAACUUGAAAAUGCCGAUCUUGUACACCGAUGCCUUCAGAUGGCUAGAAAUACUACAGAGGAUGUAUUUUCCACGCAUCAAAUGCGACUCCUCAGCAAAGCAGCCUUAGCUCAUCUCCUCUCGAACUAUGUUACCAACACCUCUGAGGUUCAGAUAUUCCGAGGGAUCGUGGCGUGGGGACGCCACCGCCUGGCUUCCCGAGGCGCUAACACCGAUGACCUUCGAAAGGAGAUCGAGUCCUUCCUCCCGCACGUAAGGUUCCUUGCCAUGACCACGCACGAGUUCGUCGAACAUGUCAUUCCCGCGAACAUCUUUACGGCAUCGGAGGCCUGCGACAUCCUCAUCAACAUCACACAGGCCAAGGAAGCGCCUCUUCCAGAAAUAUGUUGCAAAAUCAGGGACCAAAGGAACUAGAGAUUCUGUGGUGUUGCAUUGCAGCACAAAACAAAUGGGCGCGGGAGACCUAGCGCAGUUGCAGAUGCACUAAUUGAAACAGCUGAUUAUGGAUGAUAUUGCACGGAUAUUUAUUUUCAGAAACGGAUUAUGGUUUUAGUUAUCGAAAAUUGUUAAAGGAAACGAAGGCACAUUUUAAUGUUUAUUUAUUAUGUCAGGUCACUAUGUUUCUUUGUCAUAACAAUUACUAGAAUAGGAUAUUCUUACGACAAUCAGUUUUGUUAACUCAUAGAAGCAUACGGUUCUCUCUUGAUUAAUGAGGGAUGUAGUACACACUAAAGGCAUUAUACUUU